AUGGGCGGCCAAACGAACGAGGGGCGUGCAGAUCGCCCCCCUCCCCCAACGCUGCCCCUCCCGCUGUUGUUAUUCUUGCUAUUAUUCCUGACUGCGACGGCAACGGCGACGGCGACUGCGACUGCGACUGCGACCGCGGCAGAGGGGGGUCAGGUGCCGUCGACUGCGGAAGUGGGACAAAGUGCUCAAAAUCCGGAUGCCACCGCAUCCUCAUCCUGCCCACGGAAAUGCAGCUGCCGCAACAUCUCGGAGAACAUUCACAGCCUGAAGAUUCGCUGCGACGAGCAGCAGAUAGCCAACUGGCGGGAACUGCAGUUCGGCGAGGAUGUGGUGACCAGCGUGGUCAGCAUCAACGCCAGCAAGAACUCCAUUGCCCUGAUCUCCGCCGAGGACUUUAGGAACUUCACCGAACUCAAGCGACUGGAUCUCUCGUUCAACCUGCUCACCGAACUGGACAAGGACACCUUCGGCGACAGCCUGCGCCACCUGGAGAAGCUCAAGCUGGCCGGCAAUGCCAUCAGCCACAUCUACGAGGGCACCUUCGAUCGCAUGCCCAAGCUCAAGCUGCUCGAUCUUUCUGGAAAUCCCCUGGCCUGCGACUGCGGCCUCAUCUGGCUGAUUGCCUGGUCAACAAGCCGCGAGGUGCGCCUGCAGCCGCCGCCGAAAUGCGAGACGCCGGUGAACUUUCGCGGCCUGCCGCUGAAGAAGCUGCGCGUGGGCAAGGACUUUCACUGCGAGACGCUGCAGCUGCAGCCGCUGCUCGAGCUGAUUCCGGGCCAGAACCAAGUGGCCUUCGAGGGCGACGAGCUGCAGCUCAAAUGCCACGCACCGCGUGUGGCCAUCGGUGUGCCGCGCGAGAGCGAGGAUCUGCCGACCAAGGCCUACGUUUUCUGGGGCUGGUCGGAGAAGAUACGGGCCAAGAACUCCACCGAUGAUAUCGUCUACCACGAUCCCACCAAGAUCUUCGGCGACGUUAACCUGGAGACACGCCACUCGACGGACUCGGGCAUUCUGCAAUCGAUCCUCCGCAUCGCCAGCUUGACCCAAAAUCACACGGGCAUGUGGGACUGCACGCUGCGCAGCCAGCAGGCGAAUCUCUCGCAGGCCAUUGUCCUGCAUGUGGUGGCCAAGGGGACGCUGUACUGCGAGGCGAAAGUCAUCCACACCAACAAGGGCACCUACCACUGGCCGCGAACGAUGCGCGGCGAAACGGUGCUGCAGGAUUGCGUCGAGGAGCCCAGCGAUGCGUCCCCAUCCCGUCGAGCUUCGCACGAGUGCGGUCCCUCGGGCGAGUGGCUAAAUUUGGACACGGAGAGCUGUGUUUAUGUCAGCGAGACAACGAGGAUCCUCGAGCAAUUUGCCAAGGUGAAUCUCACGCUGACCAAGGGACAGAAUGCCCUGGAGAUUGCCCGCCGCCUGCAUAAUUUUACCCAAGCCCAGACGCAGCUGAAUCGCAUAAGGGAUCCCAUGGAUUUGGAGUACAUAGCGCGCACUUUGGUCAAGUACUUGGAGCAGCAGGAGCAGCAGGAGAUUAGUCACCUGCUGAUGGACAUUGUUUCGCAGCUGCUCAACCUGCCGGCUCAUCUGUUUCGGGCGGCCCAAAUGGAGCAGGGAACGGGACAGCGGUUGCUGCAUGUCGUGGAAUCCUCGGCCAUGCGACUGGCCAUCGCCAGCACCCAGGCGGAAUCUAUAGAAUCUAUGCCCUGGCGGGGAUUGCUUCUCGCUCAGCAGCGCAACCUCUUCGUGGAGUUCUUUAACAUCACUCUGGAGGCCUUUGUUAGCCUCUCCUGCGUUUGGUUGGAGCAGAGUCCCCGGGGAUUCCAGUGCAACAGCGCCAAUGAUACGAUACCCAUGUACGAGCAUGGCGACAUUGAUGCCGCCAUCCAGCUGCCCUACAGCGUAAUUGGUAAUAGCUCGGUGGCGCCGCCAAUUCGCAGCCUCCGCCUGAUGAUCUCGCUGCACAGGAAUGGCAAACUGCUGCCCAAUCUAAGGGGCACGAACAAUGAAUCUUUAUCCUCCGCCAUCAUUGGCAUACUGGCUUACAAAAGCGAAGGUGAAGCGAUUAACUUUCAAUCUGCAGACGAGCUGGAUCCCGAGGAGGAUGUGUAUCAGCAGCGGGUGACGGUGAUGCUGCGCGCUCAUCCGUAUCACAAUCAGCUGAGUGCCCCUCAGCCCGCCUGGUGGAAUGCGGAGGAGCAGCGCUGGGAGACGAGGGUUUGCCAGCAGCACUAUCAGCAUCGCACGCUCGUCAUGUUCAGCUGCAGUCGCACGGGUUACUAUGGGCUGCUCCAGAGGAGCCUCUAUCUGAAUGACUUUCGCAGCGAGGAGUCGGGCAGAAGGUUCCGGCAUCCACCGGUGGCCAUCUACGCGGGAUGCGGCCUGCUCUUCGCCUGCUGCGCCUUCAAUGCGGUCACCUUUGCGGUUUUCGGAAGAGCUGUGCGGAUCAAUCGAGUGCAGCGGCAUGCUUUGGUCAACACCUGGCUGGCAUUGGGUUUCUUGGCACUGGCUUUCUCGCUGGGCAUCUACCAGACCGCCAGCCAGGCGCAGUGCCGCCUGCUGGGCCUGCUGAUGCACUACCUCGGCCUGUGCGUGCUGCUCUGGGUGUGCGUUAGCCUGAGCAGCAUGUACAAGCGGUUGACCAAGACGACGUCGUCGUCGGGGGGAGGAGCAGCUAACCAGGAUGUGGAGCCGGCGAGGGAGCGAAAACCCAUACUGGGCAUCUACCUGGUGGGCUGGGGCAUCGCCCUGCUCAUCUGCGGCAUCAGCAGUGCCGUCAAUCUGGCCGAAUAUGCCGCCUACGACUUUUGUUUCCUGCACAGCGUGACUACAUUGAACGCGCUUCUCGUGCCUUCUGUAAUUUUAGUCAUAUUUUGCGGCAUUCUGGCCUUGUGCAUCUACUAUCAACUCAGUCAGCAGGCGGUGAAUGUGCUGCAGCUGCAACAGCAUCAUCAUCAUCAGCAGCAGCACAAUCGCCAGUAUUCGGACAACAACACGCAGGCCACGGAGCACAUCGAUCUGGAUUGGCUGGAUGCGAAUGGCAGUGCAACGACGACGGCGGCUAGGAAGGAACCAGAUCAUCUGCAGGAGCAGUACAGCACGCUGAGCAAUCCGCUGAGCAGCAUAGUCGACGAUUUCGAGCGUUCUAACUUGUCCCAUUUGCGUGGUCACAUUAUAUUCUUGGUUCUCUAUGCCGGCGCCUGGUUAUCCGCCGCUGGCUAUGUGAAUAGCAACCAGGAUCUGUAUGUUAUGAGCUUUGCAGGGUGCUCAGCUUGCCUUGGAAUCUUCCUGCUGAUCUUCUACAACCUGAGCAGGAAUGAUGCCAGGAUGGCUUGGUCGCAGGGUCGAAAUGGAGGCAACAGCAGGCCGGCCAAGAUGGUGACCUACAAUAAUGGCAGUCAGGCGCGGGAGGCUCAGCCGACGGAAAUGAUGCACGCUGCAGCCGGCACGGCCAUGAUUAGCAACUCGAUAGUGGCCUACAAGGCGAAUCCCGGACCGGGCAGCCUGUACGAGGCCAACAACUCGGCGGGAUCGCGCUCGAAUAGCCAGUGUUCGCGCAGCAUGAGGAGUCAGACGCGGAGUCAGACGAGGAGUCAGCAGGAGCAGCUGCUGCAGGCGAACGGUGCGGGUGGGGUGACCAUAAUAAAUAAUACUGGACAGGCAGGAGGAGGAGCAGCAGCAUCUGCAGGAGGAGCAUCUGCAGCAGCAAUCCCACCCCACAGCUUGAAUGCCCUGCUGCAUGGCUCCAGUCACGACCUCAUUCCCUCGGCGGAGAUCUUCUACAACCCCAAUCAAAUCAACGUGGCCCGCAAGUUCUUCAAGAAGCAGAAGCGCCUGGCCAAGCGCAACAACUUUGAGCUGCAGCGCCAGACGAUGCCGCAGAUGCAGCUCCAAAUGCAGAUGCAAAUGCAGAUGCAGAUGCAGAUGCACAGCCAGCACAGCUUGAGCGAUGCCAGUUCGGAGCAGCUGUACAGCAGGCAUCACAAUGCCAUGACUUUGCUGGCAGGGGGAAGCAAGAUAAACAACACGAAUCUGCACUACAAGAAUCAGGAGCAAAAGGAGCAUGCUUCUAACGGAGAUUCCAUGCAAUUCAAACGCUUUGUCCCGGCCAGUGCUUCUUCCGCUUCGAAGAUUAUGCAGGCGAAUAUCUACACCAACAUCCCGGAGACUUUGACUCCGCAGCACGAGGUGAUCAAACUGAGGGCCACGGGACGCACGAGGACUCCUUCGCUGCUGGAUGAGACGCUGCACGAGCAGGAUGACGACGAGGAGGAGGAGGAGGAGCAGCCGGAGCAGCUGGAGCAGCAGGCUGAGGCACCCGAGGAGGAGGACGCCAGCUCCCUGGACGAGCAUGCUCCUCUGUAUGCCAACACCUUGCCAACGCCGCCGGCCAGCGGAAUGAGCAGCCUCUUCCGCCAGCGGGGCAUCAUCAGCAGUUCCACGCCGGUGAAAAAGCAGCCCAGUUUGGAGGCCAUGAACAGCCUGGGCCUGCCGGAGGUCAGCCCGGCGCAGCCGCUGCUCCAGAAGCACGAGAUCUACGUGUCCAACUCGCUGCAGGUGACCACCAGCAACAGCAUUCAGCUGGACGACGACUUUCCCUGUGUCCUGAUUCGUUUCAGCCAGCAGCAGCAGUCCAAAUCGCUGAAUAAUAUCAGUGAAAUGUUGGCGAAUUCUUCCGGUUUGGAUUCGGAUAAUCUGGGCCAUCAGGAGGAGGCCAAUCAGCUGACGGGGAUUGACGCCAGCAGCACGCUGGAGGAGCAGCAGUUGCGCCAGGUGCAGUACUCCUGCUCGAGCAGCAAUCUCAGCCAGCUGAAGGCGGCGCAACAUCAUCCGAUCGACACGGAGGACGAUGGCCGCCUGCUCUCCGGCAGUCCGACGAACGAGAGCGAUCUGAACUACCAGAACUCGGAGAUCAGCAUUCGCAGUCAUGGGCUGUACGCUCCCCAGGCGGAUAACGAUUUGAAUUUGACUCUGACCGACGAUUUUCGCUGCUAUCAGUCCUCGAAUGCCAGCGAUGCCGAUGUGGAUGUGCUCAACGAGUUCGACGAUGAGUUUGUGGCCGCCACUGGUGGUGAAAGGGUGGUCAGUGGAGAUGCAGAGCAGGAUGACCACCAGGACACCUCCAUCGAUGAGCUGUACGAGGCGAUCAAGUGCCGCAGUCCGCUGAGAAGCAAACAGGAGGCGGUCGAGCGGUUCGAAAGGGAACGGGAGCGAGAACGCGAGAAGGAGAAGGAAAAGGAGAAGGCCCUGGGCAAUUCCCACAACGAAAAUCUCAACGAGACGAUAGAGGACGACAGCAGCCAGAGCAGCGUGAUCUCGUACAUCGAUCCCAGGGCGGCCAGCUAGCUCCAGCCGAUAGUUAGAUGUAUAUAGGAUAUAUAUACAAGAUACCCGACAACCACUCCCGCCAAAGUAUUCCCACUCAAUCCUAAGUUCGCCCACUCAACAGCCAGCCCACUGAACUUGUAAUUUAGUAACCCUAUUUAUUACGACUAGUAUUACUCCACUAAACUUUCAGUUUGACUUUUAAAACGGAGAAAAACGUUCAUCAUUUCAUCACAAACCAAGUCCCACUCACUCACAUUUAAUAAGUUUUAAAUUCGGAUAAAGCAAAAUGCAUUUAAAUGUAGGCUAAGUUUAUAUUUAGAUAUAAAUAAAUGAAAUGUUCACUUAAAAUAACUGGCGUUUGAUCUAUAACAUGUUGUUUCAAACAAUAACUAAAACAUUUAGAGGCUUUUUAGAUAUUAGAUUUAAGGUUUCGUCAAGAGAUUACAAAUGUGGCAUUUAAGCUACUUGUAAAGUAGAUACAAU